AAGCUACACGUGGCAGAGACACUUCCUGUCUGCAGUGUCAGUCAAUCUGCUUCAAGUUUAUGAUCCUGUAGGGUUAAAGUGCUGCAGUGUUCCAGUGUAUUAUAGUCAUUAAUAUGGAAAUGGACAUUCAGAAUGAACCUCUUCAGUACCAGAACAUGGAAAAAGUGGACAAAACCUCUCAGUCAUGCGGACAAAAUCAACACAGAGGAGUGUUCAGGCUGGCUGUACUGUGUCUCGGUGUGAUGUGUAUCCUUCAGGCAACUCUCAAUAUUGCUCUGAGACUGUACUUGAGUGACCAGAAAAAGACCACAUGUAACAACCAAACUACAGAGAGCUACACCAGCCUGACGAUACAAAGAGAUCAGUUACAGAAAGAGAGAGACGAACUCCAGAGGAAGCUUUCUGAACUGGUGAGUGACCAGAAAAAGACCACAUGUAACAACCAAACUAAAGAGAGCUACACCAGCCUGACGAUACAAAGAGAUCAGUUACAGAAAGAGAGAGACGAACUCCAGAGGAAGCUUUCUGAACUGGAGAAGGCAGCACAGCAGUGUUGGACAUUUUUCAACACCAGUAUGUACUUCAUCUCUACUGUGAAGAAGAGCUGGAGUGAGAGCAGACGGGACUGCAGAGAGAGAGGAGCAGACCUGCUGAUCAUAAACAGCAGAGAAGAACAGGAUUUUACUGAAAGACAGAGAGGAGAUCAGACAGCUUGGAUUGGUCUGACUGACAGUGAGACAGAGGGGGUCUGGAAAUGGGUGGAUGGUUCAGCACUGACCACUAAGUUCUGGGGACGUGGGGAACCCAACAGUAAAGUAGGAAAUGAGGACUGUGUCAUAACUGGUGACAAGUCUGAUCCUGUAAAUAACUGGGCUGAUUUUCCCUGUAAUAACCGGUUUGUUUGGAUUUGUGAGAAAAGUAUUUUAAACUGAUAGAGUUUUAGAAUGAAUAUCAGUGAAUAUCAGGAAUGUCAGCAGUUUGUCUGGAUCUGUGAGGGAAUAUUUAUCUAAAUGGUCACCAGCAUGUGAGUGAAUAACAACACAUUCAUAAAUGUCACUCUUUUAAUUACAUUUGACCUUUUUGCUUAUUAUUUCUACUUUGUAGAAGAGAAACAGGGUAGGCAAGUAAGAGACUAACAGUGCUACAAACUCCUAUAAUUGAAAAAAAAUAAAUUGUAUGUUUGAAGAUGAUGGCAAGUGUGUAACAAGAUCCUUCAAAUAACUUUAAAACAUCAAGCUUUAAUGUUUCUGACAGUUCAGUCUGUCCUGGACUUUGGAGUAGAGUCAUUCUGAAACCAUUAUCUUCUAAAUGAAGGGGGGCUAAAACCAGCAUAGACUAUCAAGGCUGGUCACCAGCAAAACCAGCAUGACCAUGAUGGAUGACCAGCUAAACCAGCACCAAACCAGCAUAAGCCAGCACAGACCAGCUUAGACCAUGGAAUGCAUGCUGGUCUGUGUGGUUUUGUUUCAGCAGGACAGUCAUAAUGGUGGACUUUCUAGUAGUACUUCAAUCAGUUUUCUAGAAAUGUACAGUCGACUCUUUAAUAACUUCAUUUUAAUCUUUUGCUCAGGCUUAAAUCAUUAAUCACA